CUUCCCUACUUAACGUACUCGAUAUCAUCAUGUCCGACCUCAAGGCUGACGGCUUCAAGGCCUCCGACAUCAUCUCUGAGCUCAAUAAGUCGUUUGACGGCUUCUCCGACGCCGAGCGCAAGGCACAGAUCAAAAAGACGAACGGCAUCUUCGAGCUCAAGAUCACCAACGCCGAGAAGGCGGAGGCCGUCUGGACGAUCGACCUCAAGAACAAGGGCGUCGUCUACAAGGGCCCCGCGAAACCCAAGGCCGACGUCACCCUCAUCAUGAGCGACGACACCUUCUCGCAGCUCGCCUCGGGCAAGCUUGACGGCCAGAAGGCGUUCAUCUCGGGCAAGCUCAAGACUCGCGGGAACAUGAUGCUCGCCACCAAGCUCGGCGCCGUCCUCGAGACCGCCAAGGGCCAGCAAAAGGCCAAGCUCUAAGCUUGGUCGCCGUGCUUGCCAUGUAACCCGUAUUUACCUCUGGCGUCGAAGACCAGAGCACACCUGUAUGACGGCGAGGUCUGCUCGCGAAUACACGAAUGCAAGCAUACCUCGCCACAUUAUGUAUCUAUCUAUCCCUCGAUGUAAUUUUUGAGCAGGGCGGAUUAAUCCUAUUCUUAAGCCUAUCC